AUGGGCAUUUUGCCAAGUGUCGAAAGGAAGCUGCUGCAACACUCCGAAUGUAUCGGGAAAUGGAUAGAAGUUUCAGAAGAAGAACAACAUGAAAACAAUUCAUCAUCGCUGACGCAAAACAAGUACAAAACUUUUAAUUUAGACUUGGAAUGUGAAGGCACCUUAGCAAACCAUCAUAGUGGUGUGAACUGUUGUGGUGAAAGUAUGAUCAGAGGAGACGAUCGACAGCACUCGAAAUGCUCCAAUCCUCGCCAUCACUUGUGUGAAAUCAAAGUCAUUCACACUCUCAUGACAAACACAUCACAACAGCAACAAAUUAAGGCAGACUACAGAUAUACACCUGCAAAUCCACGAACUGGAGGACCAUCUUCUUUGAGUGAAAAAUUAUCUUCAUCUUGUUGCAGAAAUCAUACUAUCAUACCUCCUCAGUCACUACCUCUGGGUAUUCAUUUGCACAAAGCUGUAUAUUUAAAUUCACGAAUUUAUGUGUUUGGAGGCAGUACAAGAAAAGAGUUGAACUCUAACUGUUUUCUAGAAUAUGAUGUUGAAAAUGAAAAAUGGAAACGACUGUCGACACUUAUAUCGUCACCAUUUAUUGACGAAAAUGUAUCUUAUUCCUCAGCACAGACAUCAAUGACUGGCAGUAAUGCUAAUCCACCCAACCCAAGUCUAGAUCAUUCAACCUUAAAUGCCUCACAGCCAUCUUGUUCGUCAUCAAAUGGACACAAUAACAUGACUCCACAAAGAGCAGUUCCCAUGUAUUUAAAUCCAUGUUUUUACCAUUCACUUUGUGUUUGUAAAAAGAGGAGAAAAAUCUAUGUGUUUGGUGGAAGAACAAACUCUGUGGUCACAUCGAAUAAUUUAUAUGAAUUUGAUGUUGAUAAGCAACAAUGGAACGUGUUGACACCAAUACGAAACAAUUCAAAACAAGAGAAGCUUCCAAAGCGAGAGGGCCACUCGGCAUUUGUGAGAGACGAUUUUUUGUACAUUGUUGCUGGAUAUGAAUAUAACACAGACCAAUAUUCAAAUGAAAUUAUUGAGAUCAAUUUGGAGACUAAUACGUGGCGCUAUCUCUCUGAGGAUUAUUCGAAAAAGGCUAAAAGAGGUGGACAUCGAAAUACGCCUAAAAUUGCUACCAGUGGUCACACGACCGAUAGUGACGAAGAAUAUAAUGAUGAGCAUGACACAUCUACAAUGUUCACAAAAGUUGCCUAUCAUUGUUCGGAGUAUUGUGAAUCAAGAGAUGAACUCUUAAUCUAUGGGGGCAAAACAAGAGAGAAACCUUUUGGCCCACUAUCCAACAAUCUCUAUGUGUAUUCAUUUAAAAGAAAGGAAUGGACCUUAUACAAAGCUCCUUCUUUAUUGCGAAGAAAACACUUUGAGAGAGAUCGUCACGAUAACACUCUGACGACAUACUUGACCUAUGAUGAUCAUCGUCAAUUUAUCAUGUCCUAUAACAAAUCAAGCACUAUAGUUGAGGAUCGAUAUUUUGUAAUAUGCAACGGUCUUAUUAACGAUCAUUUCGAUCGAAGGCAUUACAUUGACGAAAUGAUAAUCAUCGACAUCUACAGCAACACAUGGUAUAAGGUAUCUGAUGGAUUGGCACUAUCGAUACCAUUUGACUCUUGCUUGGUUUAUUGUGACAAUUACAAUAGAGUGUAUUCCAUUGGUGGAUACAACCCUUGUGCUGAAAAACCUCAUCUUCCAAAUGUCACAAAACUAGAGUACAAAAUUACCAAUUGCGACUACUUGAAACAAUAUGUUUCUAAAAUUUCUAAUCCUACUUUUCCAAUACCAUUCGUCACUGUGACCUCUCAUGAUCGAAGACAAAGCUUUCAAUUAAGCCAAGUAAUAGCCAUGAGGUUAUUUGGAGAAGAGUUUGGGAACAUCCGCUGCGAUAAACCCAUAAUUGUUGAAACUCCAUUUGACCCAUCACAACUCUCGGAUGUCAUUGAUUAUUUACAUGGAUCAGAUAUUGACUUUCGUGAGGUGAAUGACAUUUUAGAGUUGCUAGAAAAGACCAUCAAAUUCCCUGCUUUAGGACCUACACUCGAUUCAUAUCUUUUACGAAGAUUAGAAACAGGCCUCAUUACUGAAAAGAAUGUAACCUGUAUUCUCAAAUCGUAUCAACAUGUACCUCGAGUUGAAAUGCUCUGUCUUUCAUUUCUGAAGCGAAAUGGGAUGAAAGUUCCAAUCAAUGAUUGUUCAGAGCUCCCAAAAAUCAUCUUGACAAAACUUGAGCAAUUCAAACAAACUAGACAUUGUGUACCUCCUCAGGGGACUUGUUGUUCAUCAAAUGGACCUUCAAAUAUCAGCGGAGACGUGAAGAAUGUAAACCUUAAAUUCUCAACAACUCAAUGCAAUCGACUGUAUUUGGCUGAACCAAUGCCAACAUUAUUAGUUUUUCUUCGCUCACUACGGAAAGAUUUAGAUGCUUCUCAAAGAACUGGAGAUUUAACACUCUUCAUACACGACCAAGAGAAAGACAGAGUUAAAAGUAUCACUCUUGAUUCUGCUGUUGCUGUUAUGACAUCCAAAUUCUUUGAGAGAAUGCUUUCAGCAGGUUUUGAAGAAAGAGGAAGAAAUUGCAUUGAACUUUUAAACCCAGUCACCUUGAAUGAAAAUGAUUUGAUUAAUCUGGUAGACCUUUUAUAUUUAACACCUCCAUCCAGAAUUGAUCCUUGGAUGAACAAGAAAAACAAAUGGAAUUAUAUUUAUCGAAUUGCUGAUUUUUAUUGCUUGGAUAUUAUUACAGCCAUUUUAGAAGAUAAAUCCGUUGAUUGA